AUGAGUGAGCAGCGGCACAUGCUCAACAUGUCCCGGCACCUGUUUUCUUCUGCGAUGCAGCUCCUUUUUGUGCUGUUGAUAUGCUUUGCCAGUACGGCUGUGCACGCCAAGGAGAAAAGUACGCCAAAGGAAGUGCAACUGCCAAAGGUUGUUGAUCUUUUUUGGCCGUGUCGAACGAUUGUGGAAGCACGAGGUAGAAGUCAAACGAGGGAAUCUUUUGUCUCACCUUCUCUCGCCAGUGCUGGUGGAGUGUUGGUUGCGCUUGCCAAGAGCUACGCCAGCCUUCCAUACCCCGAUCAGGAACUUGUUUCGCCCUAUUAUGAUGAUGUUGUGGCGGGGUACAUUGACUCUGGUGAGAACUGGUCGUCUUUUGCCGAUGAGGUCAAUACAAACAAAUGGAGGGCGUACAACAUCUUUAACGCAAUCAUUCCAAAGGAGGAUAACGCCCCUAUGGGACACACGUACCGACCCACAACAAUUGCAAAGGGCAACAAGGUCUUUCUACUUGUGGGGGGCUAUCAUCAGAAGUAUGAUCCUUCAUCGAAGAAGUGGAUUGAAUCCUCACAGGAUCUUGAUUUGCUCGUGGGUGAGGCCACGGAAUAUAAAGUCAUCCAAUGGGGCAAACCCACCUCGCUUUUGCCACAGAUCAAACCAUCUGCUAAACAACCUGGCCUGGAUGAGUUUGUUGGUGGUGGUGGCUCAGGUGUUGUGAUGGAGGAUGGGACGUUUGUGUUUCCUGUGACGGCGAGGAGGACAGGAGAAAGCGACACAGUCUCAAUGAUCAUUUAUUCGAAGAAGGGUGACAAAAAUUGGGUGCUUCCACAGGGGAUGGUCCAUGUAAAGUGGAGAGACCCCCUCAUCGUUGAGUGGGAGCAGGGGCAGCUUGUCAUGGUUGCCAGAUGUGAUUUGUUUUCCAAGGUGUUCGAGUCAAGGGACAUGGGGGCAACGUGGACGGAAGCUGUCGGGAUACUCACACGUGUGCAGCCCAUAUUGUUACCAAACACUUCGCGAACAGCUGAGAGAGUGGGGUCCCUCACUACUGCGAUCAUUGCUGGAAAGAAGGUCAUGCUGUACACUCAGCAAGAGAUUCUCCCUGAGGACCCGUUGCAAGCCACCGCGCUCUACCUUUGGGUUGCUGACAACAAUCGCACGUUUCAUGUCGGGCCCAUUUCCAUGGACACAACGCCGAUGCCAGCCAACACCCUGCUGCACUCUAACGAUGCGUUGCAUCUUUUUACAAGAGAGGGUCAGUAG